UCUCCUUGGGCUUGCGGUGGACGCGCCAGGCGGCUGCGUUGCCCCUCGCACGCCAUCGUCGAAGGGGAGCAGAGCGCAGGAACGCUCCCGAUAGCACCAGUGGUGAGGCCUGCUGCUUCGCGAUUUCGUUUCCUACAGUGUGCAUGCUUCCCUUUCAGCUUUUCAGCGCCCGUUUUGGCUCAGUAUUCGCUUGGUAUUUACGUUUUCCAGAUGUUUAAUCCACUGAUUGUAGACGCAGCCGCCCUUUUGCGGUCGCUUCAGGGUGUUCUGGUGACAGGGGUAAGUGCCCCCUUGGUGAGCGAAUUCAUCAAUAGAUCGAAAUUUUGCACUGAAGACCAGAGAAAGCACAGCUCUUGUCAACAGCCGGCCGGCAGAGCAAAGUGCGGGCAUCAGUUCUGCCGUGGUAUGGAUGCGUUCCACUGAUGGACGAGUAGGGGAAGACAAAGGUUAAAGAGCGGUCGAGAGAAAGCUUCGUGGAUUUUUUUUGAGAACUGUUCGUUCAAGAGAUAUUGCAGUUGGCUCUGAGCGGAGGGCCAGCUAUGGAUGGGAAUAAGGACGAGGGUUUGCGAUGCAUGAGGAUGGGUGAGAGUGCAAUGAAGUCGGGCAACAAAGCUCGCGCAUUGAAGUUUUUAAAUAUGGCGAAGCGGAUAUAUCCGAAUCCUCAAGUGGACGCAUACCUGCGGGAGUUGGAGGAAGAAGAAGAACCUGCUGCUGCGAAGAACUCUGCGAGCGAAAGGGAGUCCAAAUUCUCCGCAGGGGCAGGCAACGGAGUGCACGUUGGCAAGGGGAAUAAGGACGAGGGUAAGGGGAAUAAGGACGAGGGUUUGCGAUGCAUGCGGAUGGGUGAGAGUGCAAUGAAGUCGGGCGAGAAAGCUCGCGCAUUGAAGUUUUUGAACAUGGCGAAGCGGAUAUAUCCGAAUCCUCAAGUGGAUGCAUUCCUGCGGGAGUUGGCUGAAGGAGAAGAACCUGCUGCGGCGAAGAACUCUGGGAGCGAAAGGGAGUCGAAGUUCCCCGCAGGAGCAGGCAACGGAGUGCACGAUGGCAAGGGGAGGGCGAAUAGCGUGCCUCGGAGUAGAUCGGUGAACGCGGAGGGCGAGGCGAAUGGAAAUGAGGAAGGGAGGAGGAGCGGGAUUCCUCGCAGUAGGUCGACCACGUCGGUGUCGGAUGCAACGCCCGAACAGAUCGAGAUCGUUCGUCGCAUUCGGAGGACGAAGGAUUACUACGAGAUUUUAGGGUUGACGAAGACGUGCUCGGAAGGGGAGGUGCGGAAGGCGUACCGGAAGCUGUCGCUAAAGGUUCACCCGGACAAGAACAGCGCACCAGGAGCGGAGGAGGCAUUCAAAUCAGUGUCGAAAGCAUUUCAGGUUUUGAGCGAUGCGGAUCUUCGAGACAAGUUUGACAGGGAUGGGCCCGACGAAGAUAUCCAGCACGUCAGGCACAGACAUAGCGCUAGGCAGUACGGAGGAGCACCUGUUUAUUACGAGGACGUGUUUGAUGCGAAUGACAUAUUCAACUCGUUCUUCUUCGGCAUGCAACAACCGAACGGCAACUCCCGCAGGGCACAAUUCGUGCGGACACAGGCCCCCCAUUUCACACAGGCACAGCGAGGAGAGGCGCACUCCAUCAACCUGCUGAGCCUGCUACAGCUUCUACCGAUCCUGAUUCUGUUGAUCGUGUCUCUGUUCCCGUUCUCGCAACCGGUGUUCAACUUGAUGUCAGUAGCUCCGUACCAGAUCCAACGCAAGACGGCGGAGCAUGAGGUGCAUUACUACGUGAAGUCGCACAACUUCGACAAGGAGUACCCACCGGGAAGUGCGGCGCGACGCAAAGUGGAAGGGCAGGUAGAGAGCGAGUACAGAGACAUACUUGUACAGAAUUGUCGAAUGGAGCUGGGCAUGAGAAGGUGGGGUCAAUCGUCGGAGACGCCGAACUGCGACCGACUGAAACGGUUCGAUAGGUCGUGACAUGUACAUGUAUGUGGUAAGCUUUAGCAACUAAAGGAAUGACGGUCAUUUUUGAGAUUAUUCUGCAUGGCACACCAGAGCGUAGGGAGCACUUGGUGGAAUAAAGACUCUGCUCGACCCGCCUUCCGUCAGUGACGGAUCUCUGAGGGUGUUGCUACACAGCGCACCAGGUCGAUGCAGUGAAUGUUGGACGUUUUGGCCCUUGUGGAAACCAUAGCAGGUCCGUGCUCGUCGGACUGUUUUGCGUUCUACGAUGGUGAUGGUUUCUUCAGUGAUCGAAUGGGUAGCAUCAAACUGCAAUUUCUACUGAACAUUUUGCCUCGAUACUCAGGUGGCAUUCUGUAUCGACAGCUUUUAGCGGUAAAGCCUGAUGGAUUGUUUAGUGGAAACUUGUGUCAAAUGACGUUGUCGGUAGGCGUUCAGCCUGAUAGUCUUCAAAUAAUUCGUAUGGAGGAAGCGUUCUGUAUACCGAAUAUUGGAGAUUGAGAUGGUCACCAUGGGCUGAUCAGACCAUAAUCUGAAUGGUUGGAGUAAGGCCGGAUUCUCGAAGGUGAGUGUGACUCAUUCACCAGGUAUUUUAGGUUUUAAUCUUAUGGGUAGAAGCUCUGAGCGUAAUUCUGGUUGGAUUACUUGUCAUAUACUCUCUAGUGUUUUGAAAUAUGAAAUACCAUUGUAGUCUCAAACUAUCUGAGCAACCCACCUAAAUGCAAGUGGCAGAUGAAGCCUCUUUACAUUGUUUAUUUUCAA